AUGCCGGGUCCAUGGGCGGAGAACAUGGUCGGGGCGGGUCUGAAAGCAAGAGAGAUAUACCUUGCGGAGCAGACAGGGAAGGUUGAGGCGGAGAAGGGUAUCAUCAUUGUCAAUAUCGUCAUUUUGUGCUUGACUGUUCUCGGCGCCGGGAUGAUUGUGACCAGUAUGACUAUCAAUGAGUUUGUUCGCGGAAGACCAGGUACGACGCGCACAAGGAUCGUUCAGGCAUUGAUCCUCAGCGACCUGAUUCUUGGCAUCGUUGGCCUGGUAGCUGGUGCUUUGACGCUCUCGGGCGAUGGACACCGUAUAGCGCACGGUACUGCUGCCUGUUCCGGACUGGGAUUCAUGCUUACCACAGUCUUGUGGUCGGAACACCUGUGGACGCUCAUCUUGGCCUUUGCCACAUACAUGAUCCUCAUUUACCCCUUGCACACAGUGACACUCUGGCUGGAGAGGCGGUGGUACAUUCUCUGGGGUUUUGUCUGGGUUUUAUCACCCAUGAUCGGGUUGGUUGGGUACAAGGUUUACGGGUAUUAUCCUGCGGGAGGUGUCUGUUAUUACGGCGACAAUACCGGUCUCUAUGCCGAGUUGAUCCAAUUCAUCCCCCGGGCAGUCGUCUGUUUCACAGUGGUCAUCCUGUAUUCACGCCUGAUCGUCUUCCUACGAAGGCCCGACAAAAUUCGUGCAGGCGGAUCUGGAUCCACAACUGGGUGCCUCACGCAGUCUGAAACCAUUGAUACUCGUCGCCAAUCGCGCCUUGUAUCGUUUGUCAAUGUCUUCAGACGACAGCCUCCCAAGUAUAACCACAGUGCUGAGGAAGAGGUCAAGUACAUGACGGAGGUUCAAAUCGAGCUCAGCACCCCGGUCGACUCCAGUGAACCACGAAGACCUUCGCGUACAACCCUUCUACCCUUUGUCAGAUCACAACCCACAUCCCCUACUUCGGCCCCCAUCCCUCUAUCUGAUCUACCUCCAUGGGAACGGAUCGAGUUGCCACCUUUUCAGGUCGAUGGUGAAAAGUACGGUGGCCCUCAACAGUUUACGAGGAACAGUAACUCCAUGUGGAAUGGGUGGAAGGGUCUGGGGGGCAAGAAGCGAUUAUCGGCAAGUUCGGUGGCCUCACCCAAGCAGCAGCCCAAAUCUCGGUUUGGGAGCAUUUCUUCCACUGGAGAUGGCUCUAAUCGGAAGGGAAGCGGGAGUGCGACCGGCGGGCCAACGUCACCGACUCUCUUGCCCAAGAACCCGAGAAUGCAGAGCAUAUCUGCGAGUCAAGAUAGCUCCUUCUCCCCGAUAUAUGAGCCGGUCCAAUCUGUCCGAUUCUCGGAACUUCUGCGUCAACAGCAGCAAGAAACCGAGGCUCUCAGUCCCACCCAAGAGGCACCUCCGGAUCAGGUCAGGAAGCCGAGUAGUUCUGCCACAAUGGUGGACAACCUCUAUUCUCUUUCCCGGCCCCUAUCACCGGGCACUUACUUUCCUUCCAAUACCCAGGCGUGGAAUCGGACUCCUACCCCUACUAUCGAGAGGCAAAGACCAUCAGUAUCGACUGUAGUCGAUGACCUUGACAGUGGCGAAGCUUCCCGAAAAUCGUCAGUGCCAUCAGACGAAAGGUCCCAGAUGCCUUUACUCCUGCAGCAUCCCAACGUCGGCCAUGCGACACCUGGCAGACCAUUAUCGCCCGUCAUCUCUCAAGCUAGUCCCCCUUCCCGUCCGCAAUCUCCCGGCGCAUCGUUUUCAAACCAAUCUCAGAUUCCAACGUCGCGAACAGAAUCUUGCGCCGUGCCAUUAGAAGGCCGGCAGACAACGUCUUCGCAGGCCGAGAUGGGCACAAAAAGCUCGAUAUCAGGUGCGGGGACGGGGAUGGAGGAUGGAGAUGAGGAGAUGGAUCUGUUGAAGAUGCUGGCGGGCCCACCGCCCGCCCAUAUGGUUGAUAGGUUUGCGCCGCCGACACAGAGCCACCCGGGAAAGCAGUAUGAGCUUGUACCGGAGAGCAUGUCGAGCUACCUGAACAGAAAGACGGCGAUGUUGAUGCUUUGGUUUCCCCUUGGUUAUGUGAUACUGUUCUCCGUGUCUUUCGUUCGAUUGAUAUAUGACUUUGCGGGAAACCCUCCCACUGCUCUUCGGGCCAUCUCCAGGUGGUUUGUCUUGUCUCAAGGACUCUUGGAUGCAAUCAUCUAUGGCUUUGUCGAGUGGCACACAAAGCGUGUCGUUCGUAAGCGCGUCCGCCGAGGAACAUUCUCACCCCAUGAGACUGGCAGCUACAGCGCCAAUGGAAUGAAAAUGGUCGGCAACGCAGCUCGUGCUGUACAAGGCUUGGCUACGCGUAUGACCGGCCAGGGGUCGAGUGGUGGAAAGAGUGGGACGGGUAGUAAGCGGGGUGGACUGGCGGGGAGUCAGCAGGGAACGGCGUUAGGUUCGCAGACGGGGAGAGUCAGUUUCACUGGACUGCAGUCCCAAGCGAGUGGGCAGUAUGAGGGGCAGAGGGGGACGAGGAGUGGUUCAGGUCUGACGUCGCAUCACGAGGAAGAGAUGUCAUUGGAAGAGCAAGAAAGGGGUUCUUGA